UCAACGUCCAGUUGGGUGUCCUCGAGAAGAUGGCUACAUUCGUCUCCGCUCUUGGCGGCUAAGAAGUUGGCUGCAGUGGUGACGUGUGUAGCCAUGAACGCGUCCAACGCGCGCUCCAGCUCGCGAAGAGCGGUGUCACCGCUGGAAUCCCGACCCGUGCCGCGCUUCAUGGCGUUCAGACUGUUCCCGACUAAUUGGGGAGAUCUCCGCCUAAAGAGUCGUAACGAAAACCUCAGUUUAAAGAGUUGGAACUCAUGAGCUCUCCACCGUCUCGUCCGUUGCCUCCGCGAUCAGGAGAUAAUGAAUCCAUCUUGGUGUCUCCUUUGAAUCCAUUGUUACCUACGGGAUAUCGCAACAUCCAGCCAUUUCAGAAGGGCAAAGGUUGGCACUCGAACGGUAGAACGCCGCGCCAUCGAGUGGCUUCGACACAAGCUGAUGAUACAGACAGCGGAGGUAUCGUGUUCCCACUACUUCCAGGCCAUGAACAUCCUCGAGAUAUUCAAGGCCCCGAUGCUAGUGCUAUUGAAAUGGCUACAUCCGAUGAUCGACAGGAGAAUGAAGCCAUAACUAAACCAACCGUGAUCUCGCCGAGAGCACCGACACAACCGAACGGAGCGCCCCGACGACCUUCACGAACAGAUAUCCGAACAAACUCUGGUAGUUUUCGCAGUCGUGCGUUGUCUGGAUCCCCUCGCAACAGUUCGCGACCGACGUCACCUGCUACUGAUGAAAAUCUCAAGACUCAUAAAGAGGAGACGAUGGCUACAGGUCCAGAUCCAGUGUUAAUGCAGCAGCUUUGGCAGGAAUAUGCAGCUCGAUCGCACGCUACAAACCGUCACGUUGACGCCGCAGCGUAUCACGAGAAAAUGCAUCGUCGUUAUGGUGAGCAACGAGCGUUAAAGGAACGAAUUGCCCAGCUUGAACAAGCUCUUGAAUCCAUGGAGAAUGAGCGGAAUGAGGCUCAGCAACAAGCUGAAAACGCUUCUAAAAAGCUUGAGCUUCUGGUAGCGGAGACUUCUGGCUCUGGAGCUAAAACAGCAGCUCUCAAGCCUCAAGCUGGAGAACCAGUAAAUGCCGAGGAGAAAUCGUACAGAGAGCGCAGUUUUGCGCUUGAACGUGCUCUAUUACAGACUAAAAGCUCGCUGUUAGCGUUGCAAGAACAGCUUCGACAAGAAAUUAUAGAAACCACAGAUCGUACACAGGCGUUAGAGGCUCAACUAGUGCUGGAACGCAAUACCAACUUGGAGCUAGCACGACAACUACGUGAGACCUCAGUGGGCUUUACGCGUGUAUCGGAAGAACUUGUAGAGACUCGUGUGGGUCUGGAGCGUGAACAGCAACGCUCGCAAGAGAUAAUGGAGCAAGCACGUUUACAGAAUGCUCAGGUAUUGUCGGAUAACCGUCGCGAACAGCUUGAAAACCGGAUGAAACUUGCUGUGCGUUCUCUUGGACGUGAGGCUCUGAAGCAGAAGAUGGAGACACUACUGCGUCGUACGAUGCGAGCAGAGCAGAAUAUGCGAGUCGCUCAACUCGAGACGGAGUGUGUGAGUCGAGAACGUGAUGCCAUGCGCGAGCAAUUGGAGCAAGUAUUAAGUAGCCAUGCCAUAAAGUAUCACUCAUUAGGGGCCAGUGGAGGUAUACCAGGCAUUUUGAAGCGGAGUACGCAGCUAACAAGUGGAUCUCGAAUGAUCAGUGACCAAUUGCUGCUAUUACAAGUGCUAUAUGAGGAAACGGAGCAGCCUGAGGACCCGAAUGAUGGUUUCAGCAUCCAUUUUGUGGCGUACGAACCCCGUUCAGCACAAGACGACUUCCUCACGUUCCACCUGCGCGAUAUUCAGCGGCUUGUACCCAAUCAUGAGAGUUACUUGGCUCGACAUUCAGUACGACGUCGCGAACGAUUGGAAGCUCUUGCAGAGCUGCUAGUGGGCCAUGUUCACGCAGGCUACAAGAACGGCCACCUCGUUCUAGCUGAGACCACUGACCCUGAAGCUGCUACUCGAUUCCCAGCAGAGCAGUCUACUUCACUUCAAGAUCAACAGCAGAUUCAACAGGUGACAGUCUACAGAGGCACACGGUAUCUCUCGGUCACUGGCGAAGAGAACAGUGACGAUGUUCUCGUGGACUUGACUGUGACAGAAGCUUUCGCCGAUGCAACGUCACAGGUUUGGUGGUUGGAGGUUCGUGCUGUGGUGUUAGACUGCGAAGGAUACAGCGAGCCACUGAGCACUAAAGUGGAUCUGCGCCAGCUUCUAACAUUCUGCUCGACGUUCGCAAGUUAUCGCCCCAGUCAGCGUCAUGAUGGCAACAGUGAGGACCCAGAACUCUUUGCAGUGCACGAAGAACUGCUAGGACCUCUUUUUAACAACCUUCGAGUCAUUGGUGAAGCUGGAGAGAUGGCUACACUCGUAGUGAUCGGAACAGAUGAUGAAAAGCAGCCUCCUACGAGUGAGCCCCUGCAUUCAAGAAGGUUAUCUGUGGAGAACCAGAGCAUCAAACCAAAAGAAAAUGAGACUGUGGCCCUCCGUACACCCGUUCCAAGUACACUUACGCACCAGAGUGUUGUGAAUGUUGGUGAGGUCUUCUAUUGCGUACGGUUGCAGGAACUCUGGGACGGCGAGUUGUUGCUGGAUAUCACUAUGGAUGACCCUGAAACACAGCAACAUUUCCAUCGUAUGUUGUAUGAACCGCAGUUGGCAAAAUUAGUUGAACGAUUGGCACGAGAUGGAGCUCUUGAUAACGAAGACGACGAGGAAGCAGCUCGGCAGGUUAAAUACGGUCUAGCCUCCGUGCUCCAUCGUCCGCUCUGUAAACUUGUGGUAAGUAACAUUCGGCCAGUGCUCCCUCACCCCAGCCAGAACAGCAAUAAGGCCACAACGCAGGCAGGAGAUAUCGAUGUUGGCUUUCUCUUCGAUGACGAGAGAAGCGGUGAAGAAGGCGAGGCUGGAGCAUACGAGGUCUGUACAUUAGUACUCGAAGGAGCAGUAUGUGCCUCUCUGGGGUGGAGUACUAGCCGAGAAGCCCGAGUAAUUACUGCAUCAAGGAACACGCAAGUAGAUGAGAGUGCAGUACAAAAGGUGCUCCACGAUAUUCUGGCAGAUGAAGAUGCAACCGCUCAAGUCAACCGACAACGAGCAGGUGUUCGCUGUCGAGGUGAAGCAGGAUUCUUGCUGGUUCAAAUCAUUUCUGCUAACCUCUCGUACUGCGGAGACGUCACAAUUUUCGAUGGGUUACCAAUAGCAACGGAGCACGACGGCUUAAGCCUACUGCCGUUGGUCCUAGUAGUCAAAGACCGAGAAAGUGAAGACUCACCGAUUCAGUUAGUGUUUGAGGCCCUUGGAAUUGAUGAUGAAGACAGCUCUGAAAUUAUUAGAAGGGUGUUAACGAGUAGCUACGGACCGGAAAGCGUGAUAGAUCACGAUAUGUAG